AUGUCAGCUCCAGAAGCGUCGAUCGGUGAGGGGAACAAGAAAAUAAAGUGGAAGCAAGCGAAGCAGAAUCAAAUCGCGGCAUGGUUAGGCACGGAACUUCUGGACAAUCUUAUUCAACUCCCUCCCUCUGGAAUUGGUCUUCUGGAACUCCUCCCUUUCUGUGCCAUGUCAGCUCCAGAAGCGUCGAUCGUUGUGACCCAAACCCUCAUACUUCUUGAGAGAGCAACUGUGAUCUACCGUCCCAACCUUACAAACUGUGGGCCCCUGGCACGGCUUGUAUACGACUUCGAGAUUUCUCGCAAUUGUAAAUUUUCAUGA